AUGCAGCAAGAACAUCAGCAGCAACAACCCCCACCACAGAUGAAUCAACCACCUCAAGCGAUGAUAACUGUUCAGCAACGCGGCGGUGGCCAGUUUAUUAUGCCGGUACCACACCCGCAGAUGGUGACACCUCAAUACCUUGGACAGCAAGUCGUUCCUGCCGGUAUGCAUUAUCCACCAGCGGGAAUGUAUAUGCAGCCCACAGUGAGGCCGGUAAGAUUGCCUUGGUUUUAUUGCAUCAUUGGUAUCAUUGGUUUCUUCUUCUUAACCGAAUGUUCUUCUCAGUCACUGUUUUUCCCGAGAACGUGUAAAAUUAAUUUGUGCAUAUCAGUUUUUAUGUUGCCGCGCAUUCCAGGCAGUAUUCCUUCCAAGAGCAGAGGUCGGCUACGCUCCUGUAGAGCCGUCGCAACAUGUUAUGGUUCCUAUGCCAUUUGUUGUUCACCCUNGAAUCCUUGUGCAACAUGGCAUAGUGGGAAGCAUUGA